GACCCAUCGGGUCACGUGACCCACGGGACAACAUGGCUGCGCCCGCGCUAGGGCCGGCUAGUGGACGCUUCCCUGGGCUCACAGGCGUUCUCUGGCUGCCGCUGCUCGCGCUGUUGUGCGGGGCAGCGGGCGGCGAGGAGGCCGCGAGCGGUGCAGGCGCGGCGUCCCUCGCGGGCUCUUGCGGCUGCGGCACGCCCCAACGGCCCGGGGCCCCUGGCAGUUCGGCGGCCGCGCCCCGGUACUCACGGGAGGCGAACGCCCCGGGCCCAGCCCCCGGAGAGCGGGCGCUCACGACCACCAAGAUGGUGCUCAUCCCUGCUGGAGUAUUUACAAUGGGCACGGAUGAUCCGCAGAUAAAGCAGGACGGGGAAGGCCCUGCGAGGAGAGUUGCUAUUGAUGCCUUUUACAUGGAUGCCUACGAAGUCAGUAAUGCUGAAUUUGAGAAGUUUGUGAACUCCACUGGCUACUUGACAGAGGCUGAGAAGUUUGGUGACUCCUUUGUCUUUGAAGGCAUGUUGAGCGAGCAGGUGAAGACUGAUGUCCAGCAGGCAGUUGCAGCUGCGCCCUGGUGGUUACCUGUGAAAGGUGCUGACUGGAGACACCCAGAAGGGCCGGACUCCACUGUUCUACACAGGCCAGACCACCCGGUCCUCCACGUCUCCUGGAACGACGCGGUCGCCUACUGCGCGUGGGCAGGGAAGCGGCUGCCCACGGAGGCUGAGUGGGAGUACAGCUGUCGAGGAGGCCUGCAAAACAGACUUUUCCCCUGGGGCAACAAACUGCAGCCGAAAGGCCAACAUUAUGCCAACAUUUGGCAGGGCGAGUUUCCGGUGACCAACACUGGCGAGGAUGGCUUCCGAGGAACUGCGCCCGUUGAUGCCUUUCCUCCCAAUGGUUACGGCUUGUACAACAUAGUGGGGAACGCGUGGGAGUGGACUUCAGACUGGUGGACGGUUCAUCAUUCUGCCGAAGAAACGCUUAACCCUAAAGGGCCCCCUUCUGGGAAAGACCGUGUGAAGAAGGGUGGAUCCUACAUGUGCCAUAGGUCCUACUGCUAUAGGUAUCGCUGUGCUGCUCGAAGCCAGAACACCCCUGAUAGUUCCUCUUCGAAUCUGGGAUUCCGCUGUGCAGCUGACCGCCUGCCCACCACGGACUGACAGCCAAGGAGAGCCUUCCCAAAUCCAAGAAGUCAUGUCUGACCUGCACUGGGCCUCCCUUGGAACUUUGAAUGAUCUCAUGCAAAGAACUCCCACCCCAAGGUGGGUUACGUACCUGCCCAAUGGCCAAAGGAACCAUCUUGUGAGACCAAAUCGCUGACCUGUGUCAGUGCACGUGCUUUAUCAUGUGGUGCAUCUUUGGAGAUCCUCGUCAUCGUGUUUUACUUUGGAGAGUCUUUUAAGAGGAAGGGGAGGCCAGGCGCGGUGGCUGACGCCUGUAAUCCUAGCACUCUGGGAGGCUGAGGCGGGUGGAUUGCUCAAGGU